AUGUUCACCAAAGCCCUCUCCGUUCUCGUCCUUGCGGGUGUCGCCCUCGCUCAGACCUUCUCGAUCGCGACUCCUCCCUCCAUCCAGCAGUGCCAGCCCGCUGCCCUCAGCUGGACCGGUGGAACUGGCCCGUACAACCUUGUCGCCAUCCCCGCUGGCCAGGUGUCCGCUGCUGCCUUGACCACCAUCGCCAGCAUUGUCAACGGCAACUCGUUCUCGUGGACCGUCAACCUUGCCCAAGGCACCGCCAUCACCCUCAAGGUCACCGACUCGCUUGGUAACAUUGCCUACUCGUCCCCCCUUACCGUCCAGACCGGCAGCACCAGCUGCGGCUCGGGAGGUUCCAGCGCUUCCGGCUCGGCCGCGGCUUCGGCCGCCUCGUCGGUUUCCGUUGGCGCGUCGGCCUCGUCGUCGAUCGCCUCGGUCGCUUCGUCGCAGUCCUCGGCUGCUGCUUCCGCUUCGUCCGCUGGCUCGUCCCUUGCUGCAUCCGCUUCCAUGGCCUCCACCAUGUCUGCCAGCAUGACCAGCUCCUCCACCUCGCGCGCGUCUGCCGCCUCCUCCACCGCCGCCGCCUCCUCCACCGGUGCCGGCUCCGCCAAGGCCGCCUUCAACGUCCCCUUCCUUGCCCUCGCCGCCGCUCUCGGCUGCGCUGCGUUCGGCGGCUUCGCCCUCCUCGCCUAA